AUGGUCGCUUCCAAUUCAGGAUGUGAAGAUCAGCAUGUGAAGGUAAUGAUCGACGUACAUGCACGACUAAUACCACAACAUGUGAUGGAGUUAUAUGUUGUGGUCUGUGACAUGGUUGUUGGUGGUGGGCCGUCUCUUUUGAGUCCUGAAAUUGUCCUACUCAAGGCCACACCGAUCCACUACGCCCAACCACAUGAUAGUGCCGACAAGGACGAAUGUGAGGGCGAUUCAACUUAUGUUGCUGGGUCCGGGUCGUCUAUCAAUACAGCUUUCGAAGAUGAGUAUGUGCCGGAGACUCCUAUCGGCGGUGUUGAUCAGUUCAGAAACUGUGAAGCAGUUUUAAUAGCGGUGAAGAACUAUAGUAUUCGACAGAAUGUGGAGUAUAAAAUUUUGGAGUCAGAUAGGCUUAAAUACCAAUGUCGUUGCAAGCAAUUUACUAAUGGUUGUCCAUGGACUCUUCGUGUGGCACUAUGCCAUAACUUGAAUUACUGGAAGGUGUAUAGAUUCGGUGGAGCAUAUACAUGUCUGGCACCUACCGUGUCUCAGGACCAUGCUCAGCUGGAUAGUGGUUUGAUUUGCAAGGUCGUGUUAACUAUGAUAAAGACUGACUCGUCGGUGUCUAUCCCAGUGUUGCAAAGCCUGGUGCAUCAAAAUUACCAUUUCAAGCCUUCGUAUCGAAAGGUGUGGAUGACAAAGGAAAAAGUGAUUGCCAAGAUCUAUGGUGACUGGGAAGAGUCGUAUAGCAGGAUACCUGCGCUCUUACAAGCUUUGCAGGAGUGCCUCCAAUGUACGAUUCACGAAUGCGUUGUUGUUUCUUAUUACAACAAGGACAUGAUUAAAGGAAAGUGGAGUCAGUUUGAUAAGAUUUUUUGGGUAUUUUCUCUAUGUAUUGAAGCGUUUAAGCAUUGCAAGCUUUUUGUAUCUGUGGACGAGACACAUUUGUAUGAAAAGUACGGGGACGUGCUGUUAAUUGCUGUGGCUCAAGAUGGUAACAACAAGUGUGCAAACCAAUGUGGUAGGCAACAUCUUAGAGUGUAA